CGGCUCAGGGAGGGGGUGGAGGAGGAGGAGGAAGAGGAGGAAGAGGAAGAAGGGACUCCCCACCAUGUCCAAGAGCAAGAGCUCCGAGUCGGUGAAGGUGGUGGUCCGCUGCCGGCCCAUGAACGAGAAAGAGCGGGCCUCCGGCUUCGAGAGGAUGGUCUCGUUGGACGUCAAACUGGGCCAAAUCCUGGUCAGGAACCCCAGAGAGGCUUCGUCCCACCCCAAAGUCUUCACCUUCGACUCGGUGUACGACUGGAACUCCAAGCAGAUAGACCUGUACGACGAGACCUUCCGGCCCCUGGUGGACUCGGUCCUGCUGGGGUUCAACGGGACCAUCUUCGCCUACGGCCAGACGGGCACGGGGAAGACGUACACCAUGGAGGGCGUGAGGAACGACCCGGAGAGGAGGGGCGUGAUCCCCAACUCCUUCGAGCACAUCUUCACGCACAUCUCGCGCUCCCAGAACCAGCAGUACCUGGUGCGGGCCUCCUACCUGGAGAUCUACCAGGAGGAGAUCCGGGACCUGCUCUCCAAGGACCAGUCGCGGCGCCUGGAGCUCCGCGAGCGCCCCGACACGGGCGUCUACGUCAAAGACCUGUCCUCGUUCGUCACCAAGAGCGCGCGGGAGAUCGAGCACGUCAUGAACGUGGGCAACCAGAACCGCUCGGUGGGCGCCACCAACAUGAACGAGCACAGCUCGCGCUCGCACGCCAUCUUCCUCAUCACCGUGGAGUGCAGCGAGCUGGGCGUGGACGGAGAGAACCACAUCCGCGUGGGCAAGCUCAACCUGGUGGAUUUGGCCGGAAGCGAGCGGCAGGCCAAAACCGGAGCCCAGGGCGAGAGGCUCAAAGAGGCCACCAAGAUCAACCUGUCUCUGUCGGCCCUGGGGAACGUGAUCUCCGCCCUGGUGGACGGCCGCAGUAGCCACAUCCCCUACAGGGACUCCAAACUCACCCGGCUCCUGCAGGACUCCCUGGGGGGCAACGCCCGCACCGUCAUGGUGGCCAACAUCGGGCCGGCCUCCUACAACGUGGAGGAGACCCUGACCACGCUGCGCUACGCCAACCGCGCCAAGAACAUCAAGAACAAGCCGCGCGUCAACGAGGACCCCAAGGACGCCCUGCUGAGGGAGUUCCAGGAGGAGAUCGCCCGCCUGAAGGAGCAACUGGAGAGGCGCGGGGGCAAGAAGAAGAGGAGGAGGCAGAAGAGGGGGGAGGAGGGCGAGACGGAGGAGGGCGAGGAGGAGGAGGAAGAAGAGGAGGAGGAAGAGGAGGGCGAGGACAAAGGCGACUACUGGAGGGAGCAGCAGGAGAAGCUGGAGAGGGAGAGGAAGGCCAUCCUGGACGACCACAGCCUGGCGAUGGAGAGCAAGCUCCUGGUGGGGGGGAAGAACAUCGUGGACCACACCAACGAGCAGCAGAGGAUGCUGGAGCAGAGAAGACAUGAAAUCGCCGAACAGAAACGCAGAGAGCGAGAGAUGCAGCAGCAGAUGGAGAGUCGAGACGAGGAGACGCUGGAGCUGAAGGAGACCUACAGCUCUCUGCAGCAGGAGGUGGACAUCAAGACCAAGAAGCUGAAAAAGCUGUUCUCCAAGCUGCAGGCGGUGAAGGCCGAGAUCCAGGACCAGCAGGGGGAGCACAUCAAGGAGCGCCAGGAGUACGAGCAGACCCAGAACGAGCUCACCCGGGACCUCAAGCUCAAGCAUCUGAUCAUUGAAAACUUCAUUCCUUCGGAGGAGAAGAACAAAAUAGUGAACAGGGCCUUCUUCGACGAUGAGGAGGAAUGCUGGAAGCUGAAGCCCAUCACUCGUAUAGAAGAUGACCAUCAGAUGAUGUCCAGGCCCCGGUCAGCCGCUGAGAACAUCCUGAUGCUGGACAUGGACCUGCCGGCCCGCACCACCAAAGAGUACCAGGAGCCGGUGAUCGCCCCGAAGGUGGCCGCCGCCCUGGAGGACGCCCUGAGGGACGAGGACGAGAUCCAGGUGGACGCCUCCGGCUUCCACGCCACGCCGGGCGCCAUUCCGGGCGCCAUGCCGCCGGUGGGCGCCAUCAGCAGCCUGAGGAAGCCAAAGACCGGG